GGGUGCGAGGUAACAUGGUGGUUUGGUUAUCGCCUAUCAGCCAUAGACAGAAGAAGGUUGGAGUGACUGAACGCUUGAGUGGUCUUCUUUUUAUUUUCAUUUUCCCUUUGAUUUUGUGCUUUCGUUUGUCUUCAAAAUGGAGAUGGAGAAGAGGAUCAGUUUGGAGUUGAGGAACAAGACCCCAGCCGAGGUGGCUGAGCUGGUGGUGGACAACUGUCGGUCCAGUGAUGGAGAGGUGGAAGGGCUGUCAGAUGACUACAAGGAGCUGGAGUUCCUCAGUAUGGUCAACGUGGGGCUCACCUCCCUGGCUAAGCUGCCCUCCCUGCCAAAACUGCUCAAGCUGGAGAUCAGUGAUAACAUGAUCGUUGGAGGUCUGGACCAGCUGUCUGAGAAGUGUCCCAACCUGACGUAUCUCAACCUGAGUGGCAACAAGAUCAAGGAGCUCAGCACUGUGAAGCCUCUGAAAAACCUGAAGAACCUGAAGAGUCUGGACCUGUACAGCUGUGAGAUCACCACUCUGGAGGACUACAGGGAGAGUGUCUUUGAGCUGCUGCCCCAGGUCACCUUCCUGGACGGCUAUGACCACGAAGACAACGAGGUGCCAGACUCAGAGGCUGACGAUGAUGACAACGAGGGGCUAGACUCAGAGGCUGAUGAUGAUGACGAGCACACAGCCGGCCCCACCAGAGAUGGGGACGACGAUGAUGAGGAUGAUGAGGGUUCCGAGGGCGAAGAGGUGGGACUGUCCUACCUGAUGAAGGAUGGCAUUCAGGAUGAGGAAGAUGAUGAUGACUAUGUUGAAGAGGAGGAGGAAGAGGAUGGAGUAGGAGUCCAGGGAGAGAAAAGGAAGAGGGAUGCAGAAGACGAGGGAGAUGACAGCGAUGGAGAUGAUGACUAGCCCCUCCUGUAACAGAGCAUGGGAUCACAACUAGGCUAGAACAACAGGAACAGGAAAUAGUUUGUGAAUUAUUUUUUUGUAUACCAUAGAUAUUACUGUAGAAUCUAAAUGUUUAAUUUGUUUUGUAAAUGUUCCAUACAAAAAGAAAAGCGGGUUGGAAUUAUAAAAUGGAAUGUGGUUUUGAAACAUGACAUGUGGGUAGGGGCUAUAGCAUUCAGACAAGGUGAUGUUGAACUCUGGUGAGAAGUUGUAGUGGCCCAUUUCAAGUCCAUCUGGUUGUGAUUGUCUCCUAUGCCAUGUUCUCCCAAGACUUUAGUUGUCAAGCGAAAAGCUCCAUGUGCUGUCUGGUUGGCUCAUAGUAAGGUUUAUAUGGGAGGAGCUAUAGGAGGACAGGCUCAUUGUUAUGGCUUAAUGUAAAAUUUAUUUAACUAGGCAAGUCAGUUAAGAACAAAUACUUAUUUACAAUGACGGUCAACCCCUAACCUGGACAAUGCUGGGCCAAUUGUGCGCCGCCCUGUGGGACUCCCAUAGUCGGUUGUGAUACAGCCUGGAAUUGAACCACGGUCUGUAGUUACGACUCUAGCACUGAGAUGCAGUGCCUUAGACCUCUGUGCCACUCGGCUAUCAACCACAUCAAACAAACAGAAACCACACGUUUGACUCUGUUCCAUUCCAGCCAUUACAAUCCUCCUGUAGCUCCUCCCACCAGCCUCCACUGGUUUACACGUGGCCAACAAGUACUGUUUAACAUUGACCCGGGCAAAAAGGAACCUUAGUGAGUCGUUAGCCCCUCCUAUCUGUUCACCUACACUAUGUAC